AUGGCCGGCUGCAGCCCUGAGGAGAAAACUUACCGGCGCUUCCUGGAGCUAUUCCUGGGCGAGUUUCGCGGACCGUGCGGCGGCGGCGAGCCUGAGCCGGAACCCGAACCCGAGUCGGAGCCGGAGCCCGAGCCCGAACUGGUAGCGGCUGAGGAGGCCGAGGCUUCGGUCGAGGACCCCGGCGAGGAGGUGGCCACUGUAGCCGCGACGGAGGAGGUGGAGCAAGAGCAGGAGCAAGACCCCGAGCCCGAAGAGGAGGCGGUGGAGGAAGAGGCGGCGGCGGCGGAGGUCGAGGAGGAGGAGGCGGCGGCAGCCCGGGGGCAGUCGGCGGUGCAGCCGCCGCCGCCGCAGCCCCAGCUGCCGCCUCUGCCCCCGCUCCCGCGGCCGCUGUCGGAGCGCAUCACCCGUGAGGAGGUGGAGGGCGAGAGCCUGGACCUGUGCCUGCAGCAGCUCUACAAAUAUAAUUGCCCUUCCUUUUUGGCUGCUGCUUUAGCCAGAGCCACAGCAGACGAAGUCCUUCAGAGUGACCUUUCUGCACAUUAUCUCCCAAAGGAAACAGAUGGCACAGAAGGGACUGUGGAGAUCGAAACAAUGAAAUUGGCCCGUUCUGUCUUCAGCAAACUACACGAGAUUUGCUGCAGCUGGGUGAAAGACUUCCCUCUCCGCAGGAGACCCCAGCUUUAUUAUGAGACAUCAAUCCAUGCCAUCAAAAACAUGCGCAGGAAAAUGGAAGACAAACAUGUCUGCAUUCCUGACUUUAAUAUGCUCUUCAAUCUAGAGGACCAGGAAGAACAAGCCUACUUUGCAGUGUUUGAUGGCCAUGGGGGAGUGGAUGCUGCCAUUUAUGCCUCCAUUCACCUGCACGUUAAUUUAGUCCGCCAGGAGAUGUUCCCCCAUGAUCCUGCUGAGGCCCUGUGCCGGGCCUUCCGGGUCACUGAUGAGCGGUUUGUGCAGAAAGCAGCCAGGGAGAGUUUAAGAUGUGGGACCACAGGAGUGGUGACUUUCAUCAGAGGGAACAUGCUCCAUGUGGCCUGGGUUGGGGAUUCCCAGGUCAUGCUUGUGAGAAAAGGGCAAGCGGUUGAGCUAAUGAAGCCACACAAACCAGACAGGGAGGAUGAAAAGCAGCGAAUUGAGGCUCUUGGAGGUUGUGUAGUCUGGUUUGGUGCCUGGAGGGUGAAUGGAAGUCUGUCGGUCUCCCGAGCUAUUGGAGACGCUGAACAUAAGCCAUAUAUCUGCGGGGAUGCAGAUUCUGCCUCGACUGUUUUGGAUGGAACUGAAGACUACCUCAUUCUGGCCUGUGAUGGCUUCUAUGACACCGUGAAUCCUGAUGAGGCGGUCAAAGUCGUAUCUGACCACCUGAAGGAGAAUAACGGAGACAGUAGCAUGGUUGCCCACAAAUUAGUUGCAUCAGCUCGUGAUGCUGGGUCAAGUGAUAACAUCACUGUUAUUGUGGUAUUCCUGAGGGACAUGAACAAAGCUGUAAAUGUUAGUGAGGAAUCAGAUUGGACAGAGAACUCUUUUCAAGGAGGGCAAGAAGAUGGUGGGGAUGAUAAGGAGAAUCAUGGCGAGUGCAAACGCCCUUGGCCUCAGCACCAGUGCUCAGCACCAGCCGAUCUAGGCUAUGAUGGGCGCGUGGAUUCAUUCACUGAUAGAACUAGCCUGAGCCCAGGGUCCCAAAUCAACGUGCUGGAAGACCCGGGCUACCUAGAUCUCACACAUAUAGAAGCAAGCAAACCUCACAGUGCCCAGUUUUUGCCACCAAAUGAGAUGUUUGGUCCUGGUGCACCAAAGAAAGCAAAUUCUAUUAAUGAGCUAAUAAUGGAGAAAAAAUCAGUUCAAUCAUCAUUGCCUGAACAGAGUGGUGCUGGAGAGUUUCCCUCUUUUAAUUUGGGUUCAGCAGGGCAGCAGAUAUACAGAAUGGAGAGCUUGUCUCCUGUCUGUCCUAGGUUGGAAGAUGAACAGUUCAAAUUCCUGGGAAAGAGAGUUUCCAGAUUGUCUCAUUUACGCUAUCGUUAUUCAAAGAGACGGCACGGAUUCAGGUUUAAUCCAAAGUUGUAUUCAUUUAUGUCUGUUCAAGAGCCUUCCCAAAAAAUAGGCACUAGUCUAUCCUCACUUAUUCGAAGUGGGAAGAGAACUAGGUUGUUCAGAAGUUUUCUGCCAUGGAGGCAAAAUAUUUGGAAAGGAUAUAGUGCAAACAUGAGGAAGCUCAGAAAGAGUAAUGAUAUUGCAGAUCCAGGCCUUCCCUGGAGCUACAAAAUAUAAAACUUCCUCUUUAAAGUAGGCUAGCUAGCUCUCCCCCAAUAAAAACACCACUAUCAGAGUAGAAACAAGGUAGACAUUUCUGAAAUAUAUGUGCUUCAUUAUGAAACCAUGGAUGGCUCAAUUCUUAAAUGUAAAUAGAUCUCUAGGAAACUCAAAGUAGUGUUUUCAAUC